CUUAUAAAAGAUCGUAAUUAGAGGUCAUCGUGCGUCUUAGAUUCAAUGCCAAUGCACAAACACGGUCAGACUGCACAUUUCCACAAUGCGAUUCUCGUUCGAUUUCGGGUAGUACUGCGUCGAUAUUUGAUCAUAGUUAUGUUAUUUACGCGUCUCUAACUGCAAUAAAUUAAUAAUAAUAUAACACGAUAAUAUAGAGUUUAAGUAUUGAAAAAAGUUUUAUCGCGAUACUAACAUUUCCAAGAUGCGCCGGACACGGUUCGUCUAGGACUAUACUAUAUAUUAUAUUGUACAAUAUAAAAUAUACCAAAAUAAUUCAAGAUAUACCAGAGACGAAUAUCGAAUCGAUCAAAAGCUGUGGAUUUAUUUUUAAAUUUCGACAAUGAAAACGGAUAAAAAAAUGGUGCUGAUUUUUCUUUCAUUCCUGGUUGUUGCUCAUUGCACGGACUUGCAGCCAUUGGCGAGCAGCGACGAAGAGAACCGAGUAGAUCCGAUCGACAGACCAGCCGCGGGUGUCGGUGGCGGCGACCCGCACUCCGAGACGAGCGCCGCCGAGUCGACCACGGCUGCGGCGGCCGUCGACGGCCACCGGUCGGGCAGACAGUAUUACCAACAGUCGGCGGCGUCCGCGUACCAGCCGUAUCCGCAGCGCAGGGCGUACAACAAGAGCCCGGGCCAGCCGAUGAAGAGGCCCAAGUUCAGGACGAAACCCGGCGGUGGAAGGCGGGGGCAGAGACCACGACGCAGGCCGUCCAUGUCCGGGGGGCCACCGACGAUGCCUUCGGCGACAGGUUCGCGGUACAGGCGGUUACCGUCACCGGCCCCGAUGUUGCGCCCUCAGCACGUCAACUACAUCGACACGGCGGGCGGCGCGGACUACGACGACGGUUUCGAGUCGGCGCCACUGCCCGUGUCGUCGUUGGACUACGGCGACAUGCGUGAAUUCGACCACGAAUCGGCCGCUUACGCUUACGGGCCGCCGCUGCAGGCCGUAGCCGGUGGUCGGUCACGCAAGCGUCCCGUCAUCGUCGGCGCCGCCCCCACCAUCGGCUAUGCCGACGAAACACGUCCGGCGGCCAUCAUGCACGUGCCGGUGCGCGUCAUUCGGCCCACUGCACCGACGCGGUCGACUGCCACCAACGAAGUGGACGCGGUGGCCGACCCGAUGGACAAGCUCAGACAGUUGGUGCACGAGGCAAUGGACGAGCACUUUGCCAGUCGGCACCAGGAACUGUACGGCGACGGGUUCGGAAAACAGCAGAAGCAGCAGCAACAGAACCAUCCGAACAUGCAGCAGGUGUACAGCGCCAAGUACAAGCGGCAACCGCCGGCGCCCGCCGACAGGGAGAAAGCCCUACACCACGAUCAUCAACAACAGCGAACGGCCGACGCAGUGAGGUCUGCCACAGCGGACGUGCAGCCAUCGCAGUCGUCAUCCGUCAAGGCGACCAAAGACGCGGACGUGGACGCCGACGGUUCGGACGACCGGUUGACGUUGGCCGAGAUAUCUGCGUACAUGGGCGCCAAACCCGCGGAAACGGUACUCAGCGCCGGCGGUCACCGGUACGUGUUGUCUGACGCACUGCAGCAGAGCUACCGACAGCAACAGCGCCAACAGCUAGAUCACCAGCAGUACGGCGGCGAGGACCAUCAUCAGCCACAGUAUUUGCGUUACGUGUCGCCAUUCGAAGCGCUUUACGAGUUGCCGGGCGCUCGGUGGACGUACAAGUAAGAGAAGGUACAAUUUACUGCACAGUAGUCGUACGUGGACACAGUUUCGGUGGAUUUUGUUUCAUAUUAGGUAGCUGAUUCUGACCAUCCAUCCAAAACCAUAAAGGUCCGCUAGUUAUACUAGUCAAGACCAACAAAAACAGAAAAACCAAAAAUUUCAGUCACACCUAAAAUAAUACUAAUACUUACUGUAUUAUACGCGUCUAUACAUAAUUCCAUCCAAAUAAAAAUUAAACAAUAUUAUUUUUGAUGACUAAAAUAUUAUAAUACGCUUGUUCACCCGUAUAGACGUAUUCAGGCACAUUAGUAUUGAAGCCUGCAGAACUCUGGAUGUCCUUAAGGUGUCAACAAUUGAUGAAAACAAUUAACUAUAAAGUUAAUAAGUUCAUCCCCUAAGUAAAAAAACUGAAAAAAACCUUUGAAACUAAAUUUCUACAAAUUAUAUUGGUUGAAUAUUAUAUUUCUAUAUUACCCUUGAGUGUAAAUGUGUAAACUUACCUAAUUCUAAACGAAAAUCAUUCUCUUUCAAUCGUAGUUAUAAAUGAGUGCACUCGGUUAAACCGUAGGUACCAGAGAUUAAGUAUACUUACAUGUUACUUAUAAAAUAUUCUAAAUACUUAGGUUGUUCGGUACUAAUUUAAUUAGAUAGUAUUAAAACCUCGUAUAUUGAACUUUUAUAGUAUAUAAUAUAUAAUAUAUCUAUAAAUAAUAUAUAAUAAUGCAUAUUAAAAUGUAUACCACAAAUAUAUUGUAAAUUUAAUUGAAUCGGAAAUUUGUUUUAUUGAUUUACGGUUAUAUAUUUAUAUUAUAUUAUACAUUAGUUGAAUUCUUGUAAUUAUUGAUAAUGUUCGGCACACGCGUUGAGUGUGCGACUUGUUUAUGUACCUAUACCUAUACCUAUACCUAUACCUAUACCUAUGCCUAUACCUAUACCUAUACCUAUACCUAUUAUUAUUUAUUAUUUAUGAAUUUUUUUUGUGUACAUAUUGCAUAGUAGCAUAUAAAUAAUAUAUAAUAUGUAUUAACUAUAUGAUUAUAAUAAUUUUGUGAAAAUGUCUACAUUUCGUUAAAUUAUAAUAUUAUUACUAUCCAUUUCAA